AUGGAAGACGCCAAACCAGUGAAAUCUCCCAUGGAAACCAACUACAUAAAGGAGAUGAAAUGUCAAGAUAACCCAUUACCAACUAAUACUCAAUACAGGAAAGCAAUAGGGAAAUUGCUGUACCUUACCACAGCUACAAGGCCUGACAUUGCAGCAACAGUUGGAAUCCUAUGCAGAAAGGUUUCAAUACCAAAUCAAAAGGACUGGAAUGCUGUAAAGCGAAUCAUUCGCUAUCUUAAAGGGACUUUGCACUACAAGCUCAAGUUACCAGCAAGCGAUGAAAGCACCUUAACAGGAUAUGUGGAUGCUGACUGGGCAGGAGACACCAAUGACAGAAAAUCUACCAGUGGUUACUUAUUUUUCCUGUCAGGAGGCGCCAUCAGUUGGACUAGUAAGAAGCAACUCACUGUUUCACUGUCAUCUACUGAAGCAGAAUACAUUGCUGCAGCGGAAGCAAGCAAAGAAGUUACAGUAUAUGGCUGA